AUGAUUUCUUCAAACACGUUACUUUUCAAUAAAAAACAUUCUGUUUAUUAUAGAGAGAAACAUCAUUUUCUCUCUUUACCUUCACCUCCUCCUUCACCUCAUGAAUCAGCAUUGAAAGGAUUAUUUGGAAUCAGUGAAGUGUUGCCUAAAUUUGACGCCAUCAAUAAUAAAUUUAAUAAAUUGCUUAACUCACAACAAAAUGAAACGGCAAAUACUUUUUUUCCUUCUAUAAAAUGUUUAUUAGAUACGCCAAUCGACCAUUUAGAUAACAUUAGAAAAACAGAGCCGAUAAAUAAAACAACGCCAUCACAUU